GAGAUCGCAAUUCUUAGCUUUAGUUACAGUUAGAGCUUUUUGCGGUUAAGAGUGUUCAGGUGCUAGCUGUGAGUUUUUGAGACUUUGGCGAAGACUUUUCUUCUCCGAGAUGGCUUCUAGUCAUCUCAUGAAGAACUCCGCCAUCUUGCUGAUCGUCUCCUCAUUUGGAAUAUGUUUGGCUGCAAUAACUACUGAGGUGGUUGAAAUCGAUCCCAUGGAGCUCAGUGAUGGCGACUACAUGUCAAAGCGCACCGGAUUCAAACAAAGUGACAGCAUUGUUGUCGGAUCUUUUUCUCCUUCCCUCGAUCCAGGAGCUGAAUAUAAAGACAAAAAUACCAUGACUUCUGAUCUAGAUUACAACUGUGUAAAACAAAAAAAGGAGGAUUAUGAUGCCCAUCGCCAGGAUUUCGAAACUAAAAUUCGAAAACGAACAGGUGAUGGGAGCACUGUAUUGACAAAAGGAGAAGCACUGACAGAUGUAUCUGUCACUGAUUAUUUCGUUUAUGUCACACAAGAAGUGUGGAUCUGCACUGGAAAUAAAAUAGAAUGAAUGAGAACCCAACUUUCUACAGAGUGAGAAAUGUCCUAUCCAGCAUAAGAAACAUUCGAGAGGUUCACUACGGAUUGGGAGUUUCAGUCUCGAUAAUCAAGCAUCAUUUAUUGACUAUUGGAAAUCGAUUGAAAAUCGAGGAAAUCAAGUACUUUGUUGUAGAUGCUACAACAAAAAAACUGACCAAGACCUCAAAAUUAUUGAUCAAGUCCUACAAAAUUGAAAAAGACGAUGCGGUUUCUAUCCCUAACUUUUCGAAGGAGUUUGUCUUCUCAGAGGUCAAGAAAAAAAUUAAUGAGGAAGGAAUGGCAGAGGUCGAGGUUUCUUCUACGGGGGAAUCAUUCAAAAUUGGGUCAAGUUGGAAGAAGGACGCUGACUACAGCCAACUUUCUACUGAAGACAUCUAUUGUUGGAAGGUUCAGUACUGGAAUCCGGCAGCUUUUAGACCAGAGGUUUACAAAAUACGGAAUAUAGCUGUUGAGGGAACAACAGGCCAGCAUCACAAGGUUAUUGCGAAACUCAGUGAUGAGGAAUUUGAAAGAAAGUUUACAAUAGUUGAAAGAAGCAUAUGGAAUUGUUACCACUACGAGAGAGGAACUUGGAAGCAUAUCACAGAUGGCCCCGAUGUUCAUCUGGUCUUACACGAGAUCAUAGGCAAAAUACCAAUUAAGAGCGUCUCAUUCUUUCCAAGAAACUUAGGCCGACAAAACAUUUACGCCGUGAAAUUAACUGGCAGUGGGGAAACCGUGAGGUAUACUGAUAUGAGCUUCUAUUAUCGUAGCAACUGGACACGUUUGGAAAUGGAUAUAAUACCUUACACCAAGACGGAAAAAUCUGUAUUAUUUGUUGAAAUUGAAUAUCAAAAAAAAAACGUUAAGGAGACUAGAAAAGAAGUUCAUUACCUUUUGGACAGCGGAAACGUUUUCAGUACAUUUAUUAAUGAAGUCGGCUAUCAUCUGAGAGUGGGCACACAAACCGUUGAAACUAUUAAGGACGAAAACGCCGCGGAAUGCAAGAAAGUCCCCUACGAUGACAUUUUCAAAACCGAUGUGACAAUUUUAAUGAAUAAAGAUGAAAUAAUCCAUUCUAAUGAAGCUAUCUCCGGUGAUUAUUGGAUGACUUUUUUCUCAUACAGCAAACAAGAGGCUUUCUUGUGCAAAUCAGCUGCAAACAGUAUCUACAGAGUCGUGAAUCAUCUUUCAUUUGAAAAGCCUAUCAGCGAGAUUCAGACCUUUGAUGGCGUCGAGAUAUACACUAAGAGAAUGAUAGACAAAAAAUUAACUGUGGAAAUAACUGAAGUCAAAUACAUCAAAUCAACAACAGGACAAGCUGUGCAAUACGUGGGACUAUUGAAAUUUUAUGGAGAUUAUGACCCUUAUCUCGACAUAUCAGACGAAAUGACUAAGAGACGAGUGUUGAAAACUAAAGAUGAUAUCAUUCGCCUUAUUGAUAUGCCCAUGACUUUUGAGAAGUUCAAGGAUAGCGAAUCUGGAAGUUCGGUGUUCAUUGGAAGUGGACCAAAUACUUUGGCAUUUUCCGCCAACCCCAAUGUGGGCGUUGGAGCAACAACUGCUUCCACUGUUUUAUUCUGUAAAUUGACCGACAAAAACCUACCAGGAAAGCCCCUCGCCAUGUUUGAAAUACUGGGCCCAAAUCAGAAUGAAAUUGAUGCAAUGACAAGUGAAACUGAUUCAGAGAAGAAUAUAAAAUACUUUGAGGGUUUGAAAACAGAAGUUUGGAUUUGCAAUCCGAAACAACUAGAAGAAGGAGAAGAAGGACAAGAUAUAUUUACAGCUGUUUCCGAGGGAGGGUUGAUACGGGUGGUGAACAAGCAAAAGCUGAAGUCAUCAGCACCAAAUGAUGUCGGAAUUAUAUCCUAUCAAGAGUUGGAUAAAAUAUGGGUUACGGCCGGAAAUGGGGAUGACGUCACAACGAAUGCACAGAAUGUCAGAUACUACAAAGUAAAAAAUUAUGGUCUGAGUCAGACGUAUUUUGCCGGCUAUCGUAUACUAGACAGAACGCCCAAAGAUAUUCCAGAGGUCUGGAAGAGUGGAACACAAGAUCUAACCAACGAUUUCGAUAAACCCAAAAAAAACAAACCAAUCCGUAUCCACAAGACUGUACAUCCUCCAGUCAGAAUGUACAAGAAAAUUAUCAAUGAAGCUGGGCAUUUGAAUCUUGCGAUUGGGUCACAGUGGAAAAAAGUGUUUGGGAACAGAGACAUGACUAUACACUGCAUGCAGCUGUCUAGGGAGACAGAAAAAAGAUUCAUGCCAAAACUGGAGGUUAAUAAUGCCCCAGCCACCAUCGAUUCUUAUUUUCACUUGGUGUCUCAAGAAGUCUGGAGAUGUACUGGAAUUGAGGCUGAUGAUACGGAUAAGGAAAUUCGAAGGGUUGUGAAUACGAUUACAAUCGACUAUGAAAAAAUUAGACAGUUUUCUGUGAAACACCUAUAUUUUCAUGAUGGGAUAGCUGUGAGUUAUAGAAAAUAUAUACCUGAAGGCAAACCAGAAACAUCAAUAUUGGUGAUAGGGGAAGUGAAAUAUCUCAAUUUCACUGACCAUACUGUUCUCAAGUAUGAGGGAUUGACAAAACUAAGUAUACCGAAAACAGAUGAUUAUUAGCAACUCAUCUUCCUAGAAACCAAUUGUUAUCUAAUGGAGAAGAGAGGAGAGAUUUUGUGUUGCACGAUGUGCUGGGUGCUGAUGGAGUUUUCAAAACUGAUGUUGACCCAUCAGGCUUUAUUGUUGAAGUUGGAGAAAAGAUUCCCGAAGACGCUGAACUUAUUCUCGAUAAUCUGGAAUGCACUUAUCUGGAGCCAACAACAGCACAAGGAUAUAGCCAACAAUUUCUACUGAAUAAAUAUUAUGUACCGAAAAUUUUCCACUAUGUCAAGGAUGGUAAUACGGACUUUAUGAAACGCACAGAGGUGCCAUUCGAGUCGUUUGACAGUUGGUUCAGAAUAACUGGUACCUCCUCAAUUGUUGAACAAACAAUGCACAGGUGUGAAAGUAAUGGGAUUGAAUACUUAAGAGUGAUGACAAGGCUGGUAUUUCAGAUGUCAAUAGCAAUUAAAGCCAUAUAUCAUUAUGAUGGUGUGAUUAUUCAUCCACACCCGUACAAGUCAAGCCCUGAAAUAACGGAGGUUAAAUUUUAUAAAGAACACGAAGAUUCUAUGAAAUUGGUGAAAUUCGACGGAUUCGUGAGCUAUAAAAGCCACAAACCAGGAGAUAGAUCAGUGGAGAAAGAUGGGCAUGAGAUUCGCUAUUACCUGGAUACUCCAAUUUUGCACUUCAAAGAAGGUUUCCACGUGGAAAAGGGAGUCGCCAUUGAAAUUGGGUCUCAACCUGAAGAGACAUUCGAAACUCAUGGAAGGGAAAAAGUGAUUUGCGAAGAGGUUGAGGAUCAGCAACUGAAUGAAAUGCAUGCAACAAAGGUGUUCACGAAUUUCCCAGUGGAUGGCGAGAUGCAAGCACCUCAAGCACCUCGAGCACCCCCAGCAACUCGAUCGAGGU